UUCGCAUUCUUCACAUUCGAAUCGUCUGCUAACGAAACCCUACUUCAUCUUCCUCCCCAAUUCAAUUUCUUCUCUCCAUUCUCCUUCCAUGGCUCCACCUUUUAUCUUCCCAUCAAAUAUUCACGACCUGGAAGAAGAACCCAACGACCACCGCCUUUCGGUCACCUCACCGAUCGAUGUCUCUACUCUCGGUCCCUCCGAGCUCGAUGAGCUUGUUAAAGGCGUAGUUUUUGAUCUCUCCGACAGAGACCUCUUCUGUAUCGAGGAUCAGGACGUAUUUGACCGGGUUUACUCUCUCGUGAAGGGAUUCUACUUUCUCUCACCCUCUUCUAAGUACAAUCUCGUCGAGACCAUUCGGUCUAAUCUCGCUGUCCUCCUGCCCAGUGUUGAUUCUCUCGCGAGGGCUCCUCAUUCAUCGCCAUCCAACUCUGGUAUCGACCAGGUUCCAUUAAGCGAGCGCAUUGCUGUCCAUCGGAAUGCUCUGAAGAUAUAUACCUACUUUCUUAUCACUAUAGUGCUUGCUCAGGAAUCUAAACAGGAUACCAACACGAAGGGUGCUGGGCAAGCUUUGAAGAAGAACUUGUGGAAUUCUGAGGCAAUUAGGGGUCGGAUAGUUAAUCUGAUAGCCAAUUCUUUGGAGAUUAACCUGUCGCUUCUAUUUGGAUCCGGCGGCACCGAUGGGAGCUAUCUCUCAUUCAUUUCUAAGUUUGCUUUCAGUGUUUACGAGAACCAGGCUUUGUUGAAGGAUGUAAGCACAAAAGAUGGACUUGGCCGCAUCAUAGGUUGCAUUGCGACUAAGCACCAGAGGACUGCUGAAUCAUGUGCCUCAAUCCUCCACUUGAUUUACAAAUUUGACUUCACUGUUCUCCAUCUUGUAGACGCUGUUGCUACUGCAGAGAAAAGGUACGAUGAUGGAAGCCUUGCGGUCGCCUUAAUCAGGGAAUUUGGUCUGACUGAUCCGAAGGACUAUGCGAGGGAUGGGAUCGGAGCAGAAAAUGUGGGGAGAUUCAUUGUCGAGCUUGCCGAUCGAAUGCCAAGGUUGAUGUCCACAAAUGUGGGGUUCUUGGUUCCUCAUUUUGGAGGGGAAUCUUACAGGAUACGGAGUGCACUAGUUGGGGUCUUAGGCAAAUUGGUCGCGAAGGCAUUCAAGUAUUUGGAAGGAGACGAGAACUCCAAGGCAUUGCGUCUUCGGGGAAAGCAGGCCAUGUUAGACAUUCUGAUCGAGCGUUGCAAGGAUGUUUCGGCAUACACGAGAAGCCGCGUGCUUCAAGUGUGGGCGGAACUUUGUGAAGAACGUGCAGUUUCAAUAGGAUUAUGGAAUGAGUUGGCAUUGGUGGCUUCAGGAAGGCUGGAGGACAAAACUGCAAUAGUUAGAAAAUCGGCUCUAAAUUUGCUCAUCACAAUGCUUCAGCAUAACCCUUUCGGACCACAGCUCCGUGUUGAAACAUUUAGGGCAACAUUGGAGAAGUACAGAGAGAAAUUGCGUGUUUUGGAACCUGCUAGAGCAGAGGGAGAUGCUUCUGAUAAUGAAAGUGUGAAUGGAGAAAACCCUAGCACGGUUUCUCCUAGCGGUGAUGUGCUAAGUAGAGAAUCAUUAGUACAAUCAGAAGACAGUUCCAGUCAACAUCAAACACAAGAGGAUACUCAUGUUCCAGAUAUUGGAAACCUGGAACAGAUUAAGGCAUUGGUAGCAUCAUUGGAGGCUGGGCUGCAAUUUUCAAAGUGCAUGGCAUCCAUAAUGCCAAUCUUGGUUCAACUUCUUGCUUCUUCUUCCGUGACUGAUGUGGAAAAUGCGAUUCUCUUGCUGAUGCGUUGCAGACAAUUUCAGAUAGAUGGAUCAGAUGAAUGUCUUCGUAAAAUGUUGCCUUUGGUGUUUUCGCAGGAUAAGUCCAUUUAUGAGGCAGUGGAAAAUGCAUUUAUCAGUAUAUACAUAAGAAAAGCCCCUUUAGAGACUGGCCGAAAUUUACUAACUCUCGCAAUCAAUUCCAGCAUAGGAGAUCUUGCAGCAUUAGAAUGUCUAAUUGGUUCUUUGGUGUCCAAAGGGGAAAUAUCUCAAAGCACGAUUUCAGCCUUAUGGGAUUAUUUCAGCUUCAACGUCAGUGGUGUGGACGCAGCUCAGAGCCGUGGAGCUCUGUCAGUUCUCUGCAUGGCAGCAAAAUCUUCUCCAGGCAUUCUGAGCUCUCACUUGCAAGAUAUAAUUGAUAUUGGUUUUGGACGGUGGGCUAAGGUGGAGCCUUUGCUCGCAAGAACCGCAUGCGUUGCUCUUGAAAGAUUGUCAGAGGAAGAUAAGAUAAAGUUAAGGAGCAAUGGAAGCAAAGUUUUUAGUGUCCUACAGAACUUAGUGACGGGAUUUUGGCUUCCGGAAAGCAUUUGGCAUGCUGCGGCCGACAAAGCCAUCAGUACCAUUUUCUCUUUACAUCCAGCACCUGAAAGCUUUGCUGUCGACAUGGCGAAGAAGUCUUUGGCUUCUGUUUUCAGUUUUACGGUGACUGAUGAAAUGCUUUGUCAAGUUGAGAAUUAUGGAAUGAACCCUUGUACUGUUUCAACAUCAAAGCUUGGGAGAUUUCUUUUUGUCAUAAGUCAAAUUGCUCUGAAUCAGUUGGUUUAUAUUGAAUCUUGUGUCAGAGAAGUCCGUAUUGAGAAAUCUAAGAAAGAUAAAGCCAAAUGUGAAUCUGUAAUCACUGGUAGCAUAUCUAAUGUUGCCGCAGAGGGUAUAAAUGCAGAAUUGGGCAUUGCUGCAUCCGACGAUGCGAUAAUCGACUCUUUUUUCGAAAGAGCAGAGAAGGAAAUUAUAGCUAGCAGUUUUUCUGAUAAAAACAUCAUUGGAUAUUUUGCACCUUUUCUCUCAAAAGUUUGUAGAAAUGUUAAUGUGUUGCAAAAGUAUCCUGAACUGCAGGCUUCUGCAAUGCUUGCUUUAUGUCGGUUAAUGAUCAUUGAUGCAGAGUUUUGCGAAGCAAAUCUGCAGCUUUUGUUCACCGUAGUUGAGAAUGCACCUUCUGAAACUGUUCGUUCAAACUGCACAGUAGCUCUUGCAGACCUGACGGUUCGUUUUCCCAACCUUUUGGAGCCAUGGACUGAAAACAUGUAUGCUAGAUUACGAGAUCCUUCGACAUCUGUUAGGAAAAAUGCAGUUCUGGUGUUAUCUCAUCUCAUAUUGAAUGAUAUGAUGAAGGUGAAAGGCUAUAUAGAUGAAAUGGCAGUAAGAAUAGAAGAUAAAGACGAAAGAAUUUCGAACCUUGCCAAACUAUUUUUUCAUGAAUUAUCAAAAAAAGGUAAUAAUCCAAUUUAUAGCUUGCUUCCUGAUAUCCUUGGUAGAUUGUCCAGCCAAAAUCUUGAAGAAGGCGUCUUUUACAAUAUCAUGCAGUUUUUGAUAACCUCGAUCAAGAAGGACAAGCAAAUGGAAGGUCUUGUUGAGAAGCUUUGUAACCGGUUCAGUGGAGUUACUGAUAAUAAGCAGUGGGAGUGCAUUGCUUGUUGCCUUUCACAAUUGACAUUCAGUGAGAGGGGAUUGAAAAAGCUUGUCGAGUCUUUCAAAUCUUAUGAGCAUGCUCUAUCUGAAGAUUCUGUCAUGGAUUACUUCAGGACCAUUAUCAACAAGUGUAAAAAAUUUGCGAAAACUGAGGUGAAAUCAUGCAUUGAGGAGUUUGAAGAGAAGCUAGACAAGAUCCAUGUGGAGAGGAAGGAGCAAGAUGCAACUGCUCGUAAUGCAUUAGCCCAUCAGAAGAAAGUUGGAGGUCCAAUUAGAGUUAAGAAAGAUGAUGGUGAUAAGGCUACAGAUGAAAUUGAUGCUGAAGAUGAAACGAGUGAGGUAAUCAAUCCGUCUGAGUCAGCAGAAAGUGGCCUUACUAGCACAGUAAAAGGACAUGUGGAAAAUGGAUUGGAAAUUCAGUCACCAAAAGCUUCACACAGAGGUGUCUCUAGAUCCAAGAUGAAGGCUGGCAAACAAUCAAGUUUAAGAGAACAUAAGAAUAGUAGUCCCGUACGAAGCAUGCACAGGAUGAACAGAAGGAGAGGAGGGAAGAUACCUUGAAAGAUGCGGCAGCUCCUUGCGCUUGUAAUUAAUCAGAUGGGUAACUCUAAUUCUGCUUCUUGCUGCCGUUUUCAUGCACUUAACAUCAUUUGUUGGUGUUCCUCUUGUGAUCUGAUUUCAUUUGAACCUUUUUUUAUUUCUUGUAAAAUCCC